GGCUAGUGUGCAUGAGCCUGUGCAGGCAAGAUAGUAGUGGAAAUAGGGCAGGGUCCAGGGACUGGACAUAAUAUUCGCAUUGGUAUUCAUUAUUCUAUGGGGAUGGUUUCUAGAUGAUAGGCUAUUCAUUGCGCGGCUGCACAGAUUUGGACAGCAACCCAGAUCUGCUUUCUAGGGCGAUGGAUCAACCGAAAACAAGCUCAUGUAGGAUUUGUAACGAUUGAAACCUGUGUUAGUGCGCAACUUCGGAAACUAAGUGGAGUCGAUCUGGCGACGCGCAAGAAUGUCGCAAUUGAGUGGUAACUGGUACUUUCCAUAGGAUCGUUAGCUGUAUAUGAGUAGCCUAUGUGUCGUGACUUCACAGUAACGGUGUCUUUCAAUGGUGGUAGUACGCACUAUCUUGGUUCAUGAUCAUUGCAGAUCGCACAAUAUCUUGCGAAACCAGGAAUGAAUUUACAGGAGGUUGACCCAUAUCACCAGACUGUGGUUUACCUGUGUUGAAAUACCUUCAAACAGUAAGGACAUUUUCCUUGCGUGCCUUUUGUAUAGAAUGUAUGUGAGGAAACGUGCGUAAUGUUGACUUUGGGUGUAUGGAGAUGUUGGGCAACGGAGCAUCCAUAACAACACAGAGGAAUUGUCAACCAAAACAGACUUUGAAAAACAAUGAGUCAAGAUGAAGGGAUAUCCUUGUCGGUCCCCUCUUCUAGUCCUGGCUCGAACACAGAGGGUGCCCGCGGGGGAUCUGCUGGCUCCCGGGAAGAGAGAGGCUGUGGUGACCCCAUCCCCGCCGCUGGGACAUUCUGGCACGACUCUGUGGUCAGCGGAAGCAUCAGUCCGAGUAUCCUGAGCUGUCCGAUGGACAGUGGCUGCUUGUUAUCUACGGGGAAAUGUAAAAGCAGGGCGGUCACGGUGGCAUAUGUCGUCAACAGCGAGCUCACUCAACUGCACACCGCAGAGAACAUGGCCCUGCAUUGCCUGAAAGACGCGUGCGAGUCGGUGGGAAGUCAACUAGAAAUAAUAAAUUUUGGAAAGAUCGACUUUGGGGAGACGUGUGUGCUUGACCAGUUCUAUAAUGCAGACAUAGCUGUAGUGGAGAUGACGGACGCUUUCCGCCAGCCCUCCCUGUUCUACCACCUAGGUGUGAGGGAGAGCUUCAGCAUGGCCAACAAUAUCAUCCUGUACUGUGACACCAACUCCGACUCACUACAGUCCCUACAGGAGAUCGUUUGCCAGAAGAACACUACAUGCUCAGCCAACUACAGCUUCAUCCCAUACAUGGUGACGCCCCACAACAAGGUGUACUGCUGCGAGAGCAGCCUGAUGAAGGGCCUGACGGAGUUGAUGCAGCCCAGCUUCGAGAUGCUGCUGGGGCCCAUCUGCAUGCCCCUGCUGGACCGCUUCGUCCAGCUGCUCAAGGUGCCACAAGCCAACUCCUGCCAAUACUUCAGAGAAACCAUUCUCAACGAGCUCCGGAAAGCGCGGGAGUUGUUCACGGGGUCGGAGCUGGCCUCAGAACUCAGCCGUAUUCAACAGCGAUUGGACAACGUAGAGUGCCUUUCAGCUGACAUUGUCAUCAACCUGCUUCUGUCCUACAGGGACAUCCAGGAUUAUGAAUCUAUAGUGAAGCUGGUGGAGACCUUGGAGAAGCUUCCUACAUUCGACCCUGUGGCCAAUCCCCAUGUCAAGUUCCACUAUGCCUUUGCACUGAAUCGGAGGAACCUCCCGGGGGACCGUCAGAAGGCCCUGGACAUUAUGCUACCCCUGGUGGAGUCUGACAACCAGGUGGCCUCAGACAUCUACUGCCUGGUGGGACGCAUCUACAAGGACAUGUUCCUAGAGUCCCACUUCACUGAUACCAAGAGCAGGGACAGUGGCACAGCCUGGUUUAAAAAGGGGUUUGAGUCCGAGCCGACACUACACUCUGGCAUCAACUACGCCGUUCUACUCCUGGCAGCGGGACACCAGUUUGACGCCUCCUUCGAGCUCCGCAAAGUCGGAGUGAAGCUGAGCAGCCUCCUGGGGAAGAAGGGAAGCCUGGACAAGCUGCAGAGCUACUGGGACGUGGGCUUCUUCCUGGGGGCUAGCAUCCUGGCCUGUGACAACACUAGGGUCAUACAGGCCUCAGAGAAGCUCUUCAAACUCAAGGCCCCCGUCUGGUAUCUGAGCUCUCUCGUGGAGACCAUCCUGAUUUACCAGCAUUUCAAAAAGCCCUCUGUGGAGCAGCCACCGCCCAAGCAGGAACUGGUGGACUUCUGGAUGGACUUCCUGGUGGAGGCCACAAAGAAAGACGUCUCAUCUGUCCGCUUCCCAGUGUUGAUACUGGAGCCCACGAAAGUCUAUCAGCCUUCGUACUUGUCCAUAAACAACGAUGUGGAGGAGAACACUGUCUCCAUCUGGCAUGUUGCUCCUGAUGACAAGAACAGGGGGGUCCAUGAGUGGAACUUCAGCGCCAUGUCAGUACGGGGUGUCAGCAUUUCCAAGUUUGACGAGCGCAGUGCCUUCCUGUACGUGCUAAACAACUCUGAGGACUUCCAGAUCUAUUUCUGCACAGAGAUGCACUGCAAAAGGUUCUGUGAUCUGGUCAACAGCAUCGCAGAAGAAACAUGGAAAGGCUCCGAAGAGGGGGAGUGUGACGCUGACGCCCUAGAGUACGACUAUGAGUAUGAUGAGCUCGGGGAGAGGGUGGUUCUGGGAAAAGGCACAUUUGGAGUGGUGUACGCAGGCCGGGACCUUAGCAACCAGGUGCGGCUGGCCAUCAAGGAGAUACCGGAGAGAGACAGCAGGUACUCUCAGCCCCUCCACGAGGAGAUUGCCCUUCACAAACACCUGAAGCACAAGAACAUUGUGCAGUACUUGGGCUCCAUCAGCGAGAAUGGUUUUAUCAAGAUCUUCAUGGAGCAGGUUCCCGGAGGAAGCCUGUCUGCCCUGCUGAGGUCUAAAUGGGGCCCUCUGAAGAAUAACGAACCCACCAUCGGCUUCUACACCAGACAGAUCCUGGAGGGGCUCAAAUAUCUCCAUGACAACCAGAUCGCUCACAGAGACAUCAAGGGAGACAAUGUGCUAAUAAACACAUAUAGUGGAGUUCUGAAGAUAUCUGACUUUGGCACCUCUAAACGGCUUGCUGGGAUCAACCCCUGCACUGAGACUUUCACUGGGACUCUACAGUACAUGGCCCCUGAGAUCAUAGAUAAAGGCCCUCGAGGCUACGGCAAGCCUGCAGACAUCUGGUCUCUUGGGUGCACCAUCAUUGAGAUGGCCACUGGGAAACCACCCUUCUACGAGCUGGGGGAACCACAGGCCGCCAUGUUCAAGGUCGGCAUGUUUAAGAUCCACCCUGAGAUCCCAGAUUCCAUGUCCAUGGAGGCCAAGGCCUUCAUCCUGCGCUGCUUUGAGCCCGAUCCCGACCAGAGGGCCACCGCCCUGCACCUGCUCACAGAUGAGUUCCUCACCGUCACCAGCCGCAAGAAGAGGGGCAAGAGCAGCUUCACAGCUCUUACACCAGCAGGUUCAGAGUACCUGCGCAGCAUCUCCCUGCCAGUGCCUGUGGUGGUGGAGGACACCAGCAGCAGCAGUGAGUACGGCUCCGUCUCCCCUGAGAACGACCUCAACACCAACCCCUUCAUCUUCAAGCCCAGCACCAAGUGUUACAGCGAUCGGGACGUCAAGGGAACCCGCUCCCUGUUCCUCAGUAUCCCAGUGGAGAACUUUGAGGACCACAGUGCUCCUCCGUCUCCCGAUGAAAAGGACACUGGGUUCUUCAUGCUGAGGAAGGACAGCGAGAGAAGGGCCACUCUGCACCGCAUUCUCACUGAGGACAGAGACAAGGUGGUGGCCAACCUCGUGGACGCUCUCAAACAGGGUUCUGAGACAUCCGACACCAAGUUGAGACAUCAGCAUAUCUCCACCCUGGUGGUCAGUCUGGGGGACUUUGUGCGCAUGGCGGACAGGAAGAUCAUAGCCAACACCCUCUCCCAGCUCAAACUGGAGCUAGACUUUGACAGCACGGCCAUCAGCCAACUACAGGUGGUGCUAUUCGGGUUCCAGGAUGCAGUAAACAAAGUACUACGAAACCAUAACAUCAAGCCCCACUGGAUGUUCGCUCUGGACAAUAUCAUCCGUAAAGCGGUGCAAACUGCCAUCACCAUUCUGGUGCCAGAGCUGAGGCCCCACUUCAGCCUGGCCUCGGAGAGUGACCCGGCCGACCAGGAUAAUGUUGACGAUGACGUUGAGCCUGAGGAUUCCGCCGCCCACCAGAGCAGAGCCCCUCCCAACACUGCCCAUGAUGACACGGUCGCCACCUCCGGUGUGAGCACACUCAGUUCCACCGUUUCACACGAAUCCAAUAAUGCCCAGCGCUCCGUCAGCAUAGAACUAGGCAGGAUGAAGCUGGAAACCAGCAGGCUAAUGGAGCAGUUGCUAGAGAGGGAGGGAGAGUACCAGGCCAUCCUUCAGCAGGUCCUGGACGAGAGGGAAGAGGGGAUCAAAUUACUGAGGAUCUGCUCAGAGCCUAUCUAUAUGCCUACAUUAUUGGUGAGCCAAAGGAGCAAGUCCACUAUGAGCCAUGGUGACCCAAAGCUGAUCAAGUGGCUGAAACUCCAUGGCGCUGACGAUGACUCCAUGGACAGGAUUCUGACCGAGGAUUACACGUUAGAUGACCUUCUCCACUAUGUGACGAGAGACGACCUGAAGAGUUUGAGAUUAAGAGGUGGGAUCCUGUGUAAGCUAUGGAAGGCCAUCACAGACUACAGAGAGAAGCCUGCGUGAGGAGCCUUCGUGUGCCAUUAGCCACUGCUACAGUACAGGAACUUUACCACAGCAACAACAACAACAACAACAACUGAGUGUUCUCCUCAACUCUUACCACUGCACUUUAAUCUCAGUAUUUAUUAGACCAAGAAUCCAGUGUAGUUGAUCAUGUGUGGAGUAUUGCCAUUAUUGUGUGAGAGAGACUUAUGGAAUAUUGUGUGCGUUAGAGAGACCUUGUUGGGUUAUGGAAAUGUUUUUUGGGAAUUAUUAUUUUCAAACGGAGUUACUUUUUCAUGUAAAAAUAUAAACGCAACAUGCAACCAUUUCAAAGAUUUGACUGAGUUAUAGUUCGUAUGAGGAAAUCAGUCAAUU